AGUAUCCAGAACAGCAUGGUGCAACAAGUGGUUUAAUGAUGGCAAAAACAGCUGCAGAAAGGCAAAGGGAAUACAGGGCCAGAAGAGAUGCUGACCCAGAGAAAAGGGAAAGCUAUCUGAGGCGUGAGAGGCAGAGAUGGAGGAGAGAUGUUGAGGAAGGAAAAAAGAAAGGAAUCAAGGAGCUGAGUGAGAGAGGUCAGAGGACAAGGAGAAAGAUGUGGCGGCAGGCUAAGAGGAGACAGAAGAACAGGGACCAGCUUGCCCUUGGGCCGACCCCUCCUGUAUCUGAAACAGAAAGUCAUGUGCUUGUGUCAGACCAGACUACAAAUGCGGACUCUGACAACUGGAGCGAAGAUGGUACAAGUUGCACUAAGUGCACGUGUUGGAAUCAGCACCAAGAUAAGUUACAUGCAGCAAAGAGGAAGAGGCAAGAGAAGGAAGAUGACGAGAAGAAGAAAAUGACGACGGAAGUGAAGGAAGAACAGGAGGUGAAGAUUAAGAAGGAAGAGGAAGAAGACGGUGUGAAGAAGGAGGUGGAAGAGAAAAGCAUAAAGAAAGAGGAGGGGGAAGAGCAUGAGGUGAAGAGGGAGGAUGAGGAGGAACAAAAGAUGAAGAAGGAGAAGAUAGAGGGGGAAGAAGACAAGGUGAAGGGGGAAGAGGAAGAAUAGAGGAUAGAGGGGGAAGAAAACUAGAUGAGGAAGAAGGCGAACUGAACAGGGAGGAGGAGGAGAGAUGAAGCGUGAUGAUUGGGACGGUUUAGAUGAAAGGCUAAGGGGGUGGGGCAUAAGCAGUCACAGCACAAGAGAUGCUGAGGAGAUGAGCUGCCAUUCACCUGGCACUGGCUAGUGUCCGCGUGUGUGUUCAAGGUACAAGCCGUUGGCCACCAAAGUUGUUCAAGUGCCUUAUUUCUUGGCCGCCAUACAUCAUUUGUGAAUGAUCAAUGUUUAUAUUUACCCUCCCAAAGUUUACUUUUACAUAGGCCUAAUUAUUUACUAUUAGGACAUUUUAUCAUUUUAUUAUGAUUACCAUUGCUAUUAGGCAGUUUACUCUUCUACUACCAUGUGCACUUGAGUUUUUUUGUCUAUGUUUGUUUGGACAUGUUUCUUCCCUAUAUUUUUCAAUUCAGUUGAUUCUAUGUGUAUGUGUGAGUUGCCUCAUGCACUUCUUCUUA